GUGGAGCUUAAGAGGUUGGGGAAGGGCGGUGCCUCGUUCACUUGCUCGUGGCGGCGGACGGCGAGGAUGGCGCUUCUGUGAGUCUCGGCUGCGUUCUUUAAAACACAUCUGGCAACGGAUCAGCGACUCUCAAGCACCCGAUUGUACAUUUUUAUUUCUCAAUUCCGCUUUCCUCCCCCUUAUUUCGGGCCCCGGGAUGAGUUACGGGCGGCCGCCGCCUGACGUAGAAGGCAUGACCUCGCUGAAGGUGGACAACUUGACUUACCGCACCUCCCCGGACACCCUGCGCCGCGUCUUCGAGAAAUACGGUCGCGUGGGGGACGUCUACAUCCCCCGAGAUCGCUACACCAAGGAGAGCCGCGGCUUCGCCUUCGUGCGUUUCCAUGACAAGCGCGACGCCGAGGACGCCAUGGAUGCCAUGGACGGGGCCGUUCUCGACGGGCGGGAACUCCGCGUGCAGAUGGCCCGCUACGGGAGACCCCCGGACUCCCACCACAGCCGGCGCGGGCCCCCUCCGCGGCGCUACGGAAGCGGGGGCUACGGACGUCGCAGCAGGAGCCCCAGAAGACGGCGCCGGAGCCGAUCCCGAAGUAGAAGCCGAUCCAGAUCCCGCAGCAGGUCACGCUACAGUCGCUCCAAGUCCAGAUCCCGCACACGAUCCCGGUCUCGUUCCACCUCCAAGUCCAGGUCUGCCAGGAGGUCGAAGUCCAAGUCCUCAUCGGUGUCGAGAUCUCGUUCGCGGUCGAGAUCCCGAUCGAGAUCAAGAAGUCCCCCUCCUGUCUCAAAGAGGGAAUCAAAGUCCAGAUCCCGUUCAAAGAGCCCCCCUAAGUCUCCAGAAGAGGAAGGAGCUGUGUCAUCCUAGGAAAAUGCUGCGGUCUCCUGUUUGCUUAAAGAAUAUUGGCCAGUAUUGCAGAUUUUAACUGAUUUGGCUGAUCCUCCAGGGACCAGUUUCUGUGGGCGUAUAUUGGAGCAGGUUUGUCUUUAAACGUUAAAGAUACACUAUCCUGUUAAUAAAGUCCUGUGGUUCCGAUGUUCAACAGCAACAAAUAGUAUGGAAGUCGAAAUGCAAGCGAUUAUGGAAGCCAGUAUCUUCUCUGGUACAAUUGUGGGCUUUUAAGGAUAUACUGGGUGGGAAAAUGGAUAGUGUGUCUUUAACCUCAAAUUGUUUGGUCCUGUUUUUUCAAAGGAAGGGGGCCUAGAAUUCUUAAAGAUUGCGCAGCUACUAAGAACUCUGGAAAGUAUUGAAUAAAAGCUAAUGCGUAAUCUAAUCUAUAUUGGGAUGGAUUCAAGUUAAGGGUGGUUUGAUCAUAGCCUGACAUGGUGGGAGGUGGGACGUCCACAAUUCCUAUAAAUUCUGGUGAAAAUAGACAGGGCCAGGACUGCUAGGUAUCUUAAAGCAGCCAUAAAGUAUUGAAGACAUGCAAGGUAUACCCUGGCUGAACUGUUCCCUUUUCAAAUCUAGAUGCAUCAAUGAAAAAUCUACAUAAAGGAUACCUUUGGAGGAGACAUGAUCGUAAGAGUCACCAGUCCAAUGGAGAGACCCUUGGCACAAGCAACCAGCCAUUGAAAAGGUUAUUUUGUAACUCUUUGUCUAACUUUUUUCUUUACUUUGAGCCUCAGAUGGCAGACUUUUACUUUUAUGUGCCAUUUUGUUGCUAUUAUUCAAAUUUCUUGUAAUUUAGUGAAGUGAGCGACUACAGAUUUCAUUAUUGGCUUGGAUAUUUGAGGUAAAACUUCAUUUUUGUUCAUAUAGUGCUGACUUGUUUGCAAACAAUUUGGUAAUUAACUUGCUGCCUCAAGUUUUUAAUAUUAAGCAACCAUGCAGCUAUAAUAUGCUGAUUAACUUAAUGCUGUCCACAUGUUCAAUUUCUGCCUUUUUUCUAAUUCUGAAAUUUAAAUUCAAAUGCUUUUUGCAAAUUCAGUUGAAAUAGUGUCUUCAAGUCAAACAUUAAACUUUACAGGUUUUUUUUUAAAGACUUGCUUCAUCAGACAAAAUUCUAAUCUCUUCUCUUAUGUAUUUUUGUGCACUAGGCGCAGUUGUGUAGCAGUUGAGUAAUGCUGGUUAGCUGUUAAGGUGGCGUGUUGCAGUGCAGAGUGCUUGGCUGUUUCCUGUUUUCUCCUGAUUGCUCCUGUAACGAUGCCUUGUCGUGCAGAAACAAAUGGCUGUCCAGUUAAUUAUAAUUGCCUGACAACUGCACUUCCAGUCACCCGGGCCUUGCAUAAAAAUAACGGAGCAUACAGUGAGCACAUCUAGCUGGUGAUAUACAUACCUUAUUUUUUCCAGAAUGGUAAAUUAGACCAUCUGCAUAUGUGAACUUGCAUAUAAAAAUGUAAUGCUAAAGCAUUUGAUCCAUUCCUCUGUAAGUACCAGUUUGGUGUAUCUUAAAACAUUCUGUACUAUAACCACUGUCUGUAGUUAAUAAAACAUUUUCCUGGUGUUGAGUUUUUGAA